CCAGGCUCCAUCUGCAGCAGCCCCAGGGUCCAGGGACGGACCACCCCCGUGGCUCCCGGGCACCCACCCGUGAUCCUUCCAGCUCAGGUGCCGCCCCCGCCCCUCCCGGCUCCCUAAGGCCCCUGCUCGGUUUGCACGGCGGCGGCGGGAAUAGGACGCGGUGCAGCCUCAGGCGUAGUGCGCUGUCCGCCAAGAGUCUGGAGCUGUGGCAGGGUGGCGGAGGCCCCGUCUGGGACCCGGGGACCACAAAGUGAACAAGCAGAGGCAGGCAUUCCCUUGACGGCAGCCAGGUGGCUGUCCUGGGGUCUGGGAGGCAUGGAGCCCACCAUUGGUGAAUUACAGCUCGUGCCCGGGGCAACAAAGGAAGUCCCUGCUCAGGACACCGCAUGCUGCCGAGCAGCUCUGUCCGCAGCAGUGGCCACCAGCAUUGUCAUCGUCACCCUGGCAGUCCUUGUGGGGUGUCGAUGUGGAGCACACGGCCGAGCUGCAGGGCAUCUGGUACGCCUGCAGCCUGCAGCAGGAGGCCUCGGACUACUACCGCACGCUGACGCCCACCCUGGAAAUGCUGCUCUCUGCACACGACAGUUCUCCUCAGGGAUGGGAGCCCAUUGCCGUCUCAACAUUGCUGCUGUGUUUCCGUUGCAGUUUGUAAGCAGCUUUCGGAAGACAGAGUUGGAGGCCAGCUGCGUGGGCUGCACGGUGCUAAGUUACAGGGAUGGGAACUCCAGCGUCCUUGUGCGUUUCCGGCUGCACUUCCUGCUGCUGGCCCUGCGGUCACUGGACCUGGGCCUGGAGCGGGAGCUGCUGCAGCAGGGGCUCCGAACAAGGCUGCAGGGCCACGGCGUCCCCCUGGGUGCCCACGGCACCAUCGUGUCUGCCGAGCUCACAGGAAGCCAGAAGGGGCCGUUGACAGAAAGAGACUUGAAAUCAGGUCGCUGUCCAGGGAACGCCUUCUCCUGCAGGGACAGCCAGUGCGUGACCAAAGUGAACCCGGAGUGUGAUGACAAAGUGGACUGUUCCGACGGAUCCGACGAGGCCCACUGCGACUGCGGUUUGCAGCCGGGCUGGAGGACAGCCGGCAGGAUUGUGGGUGGCAUGGAAGCAUCCCCCGGGGAGUUCCCUUGGCAAGUCAGCCUCCGAGAAAACAGCGAGCACUUCUGUGGGGCCGCGGUGAUUGGGGCCAGGUGGCUGGUUUCUGCUGCCCACUGCUUCAAUGAGUUCCAAGACCCCACCGAGUGGGUGGCCUACGCGGGUACCACGCACCUCAGCGGCUCGGAGGCCAGCACGGUGCGGGCCCGCGUGGCACAGAUCAUCACGCAUCCCUCCUACAACUCCGACACGGCCGACUUCGACGUGGCGGUCCUACGCCUCGGCAGCCCCCUGCCCUUCAGCAGGCACGUGCAGCCCGUGUGCCUGCCGGCCGCCUCGCACGUUUUCCCGCCCAGGAAGAAGUGUCUGAUCUCGGGCUGGGGCUACCUCAAGGAGGACUUCCUGGUCAAGCCGGAGAUGCUGCAGAAAGCCACCGUGGAGCUACUGGACCAGGCCCUGUGCGCCAGCCUGUAUGGCCACUCUCUCACAGACCGGAUGGUGUGUGCUGGCUACCUGGAUGGGAAGGUGGAUUCCUGCCAGGGUGACUCAGGAGGUCCCCUGGUCUGUGAGGAGUCCUCUGGCAGGUUCUUCCUGGCCGGCAUCGUGAGCUGGGGCAUCGGUUGUGCAGAAGCCCGGCGUCCAGGAGUUUAUGCUCGAGUGACCAGGCUGCGAGACUGGAUCCUGGAGGCAAUUGCCAUGACAAGCAAGCCUCUGGCCCCCACGGUGGCUCCUGCCCCCACCAUCCCUAGCACUGCCUGGCCCACCAGCCCCGAGAGCCGGGUGGUCGACAUCACCACCAAACCCACGCUGGCCCCCAGCUCUGUUCCUCUUGACUCAGUGACUGCUUCUAAGCCACAAGAGUGUGGGGCCAGGCCGGCAAUGGAGAAACCCACCCGGAUCGUGGGGGGGUUAGGAGCCGUUGCCGGGGAGGUGCCCUGGCAAGUCAGCCUGAAGGAAGGUUCCCGGCACUUCUGUGGAGCGACAGUCGUGGGGGACCGCUGGCUGUUGUCCGCAGCGCACUGCUUCAACCACAGCACGAAGGUGGAGCUGGUGCGGGCCCACCUGGGCACCGUGUCCCUCACGGGCAUUGGUGGGAGCCCGGUGAAAGUGGGGCUCAAGAGGGCAGUGAUGCACCCCCAGUACAACCCCAGCAUCCUGGACUUCGACGUGGCUGUCCUGGAGCUGGCCAGGCCCCUGGACUUCAACAAGUACAUCCAGCCCAUCUGCCUGCCCCUGGCCAUCCAGAAGUUCCCUGUGGGCCGGAAGUGCAUGAUCUCUGGCUGGGGUAACACGCAGGAGGGAAAUGCGACGAAGCCGGACACUCUGCAGCGAGCAUCCGUGGGCAUCAUAGACCAGAAGGCGUGCAGUGCACUCUACAACUUCUCGCUCACAGACAGGAUGCUCUGUGCCGGCUUCCUGGAGGGCAAGGUGGACUCCUGCCAGGGUGAUUCUGGGGGGCCCCUGGCCUGUGAGGAGACCCCUGGUGUGUUUUAUCUGGCGGGGAUUGUCAGCUGGGGGAUCGGCUGUGCGCAGGCCAAGAAACCCGGAGUGUACACACGAAUCACCAGACUGAAGGGCUGGAUCCUGGACACCAUGUCAUCCCAGCCUCUCCCCACACCUGCCCCCUCUACGACGAGGACACCUGCCACCAGCAGUCAAGCUCCCAGGACGACAGCUGGCCUCACAGGCCUGGGUGUCACGGCCAGCAGACCCACACUCCGGGCCACCAGCCAACCUGCCAACAGGACUGCCACGGCCAUGAGCACCACUGCUAGGGGGCACACGCCACUUCCAAACACCCCCUGGACCACCAUGGGGUCCCAGCUACCAGCAGACUGCGGCCUGGCGCCAGUGGCAGCUCUGACCAGGAUCGUGGGCGGCAGCGCCGCGGGCCGCGGGGAGUGGCCGUGGCAGGUGAGCCUGUGGCUGCGGCGCCGGGAGCACCGCUGCGGGGCCGUGCUGGUCGCCGAGAGGUGGCUGCUGUCUGCGGCGCACUGCUUCGAUGUCUACGGGGACCCCAAGCAGUGGGCGGCAUUCCUGGGAACGCCAUUCCUGAGCGGCUCCGACGGGCAGCUGGAGCGCGUGGCGCGCAUCUACAAGCAUCCCUUCUAUAAUCUCUACACGCUCGACUACGACGUGGCGCUGCUCGAGCUGGCGGCACCCGUGCGCCGCAACCGCCUGGUGCGACCCAUCUGCCUGCCGGAGCCCGCGCCCCGGCCCGCCGACGGCGCGCGCUGCAUCAUCACUGGCUGGGGCUCGGUGCGUGAGGGAGGCUCCAUGGCGCGGCAGCUGCAGAAGGCGGCCGUGCGCCUCCUCAGCGAGCAGGCCUGCCGCCGCUACUACCCGGUGCAGAUCAGCAGCCGCAUGCUGUGCGCCGGCUUCCCGCACGGCGGUGUGGACAGCUGCUCCGGUGACGCUGGAGGACCCCUGGCUUGCCGGGAGCCCUCCGGACGGUGGGUGCUAACUGGGGUCACCAGCUGGGGCUAUGGCUGUGGGCGGCCCCACUUCCCAGGCGUCUACACCAGGGUGGCUGCUGUGAGAGGCUGGAUCGGACAGAACAUCCAGGAGUGAGGGCCCAUAGGCUGUCCAGGCCUGAGAUGUGAAGGCAGCAGGAACCAGCCGGCCACCCCGCCCCAAGGUGGAGUCCAGGUGGUGGGAGGGCAGCGGGUGCAGUUUUACUGCAUGUUUCGCUCCAAUAAACAGCCCCUUGUCCGUAGCUUGCUGUCUCAGCACCUCCGUAUCACAGCAAGAACCACUUGCCUGCACAUCACCCAGGGCCCAGAAAUGGGAGGAAGGAUGGGGUAGGGAGAGCAAGGCCUCCCAGGGAAAGGGCUACCCCAGAGCCUUUGGGGCUGGGGGAAGUUCAGCCUCAUCUUCAAGGCUCCCUUGUAUCCAGAGGACGCAGUGGCACCAAGGGGAAAGAUAGUGGGGGUGCCUCAAUCUGGGCAACCAUCUCCCACGGAAGCUCCCUGCAGAGAAGAUUCACA